UACUAAUAAUAAUAUUUAAAUCACUAAUUGUGUCAUCAAUUUUAUGACAUCAAAUGAUGAGAUUAGUUGUCAAUUGAUUGCAAAGAAAAUGUCUUUAAAAACUGAUUCAACGGAAGAAGAAGAUGAAGACGAAGAAGAAAGUCGACAAUCAUUUGAUCGUUUGGGCGAUGAUUUGACUGAACUAUUGUUGUCUUAUCUGACAUUUGAUGAUAAACUAAGACUUGAAUCGGUUUCAAAACAAUGGCAACGAUUGAUACCGAAGACUAUCAAAAAGAUGAUUAUAUUUGAUAAUCAUAAGUUUCGGCGAAUAACCGACGAUUCGUUGGCCAAACUGUUGUCAAAGUGUCCAAACAUUAUACACAUUGAACUCAAAUUAGGGUGUUUUCUGAAAGAGACACCCGUUUUGUUGUUGAUUAUCAGCUACUGUCCGCACUUACGGCACAUACAUCUCUAUAUUAACAAAACAAUAGAUGAACUAUCGGUUCCACUAAUCGACGAUUUGUUUACAAUAUUUGCUAAUCAGUUGCAAACAAUUCGUUUCUAUUAUUAUGAUUGCCUAGAGUUGGAUGAGUUGUUGGCCAAAAAUAUACGUAAAUGUAGUCAAUUAGUGUCAUUGAAUUGCCUAACAGUUUAUGAUUAUAUUCAUGUAUCAGUUUUGAAAGUCUAUCGUCAAUUGUUGACUACGACUACUACUACUACUACUAACUGUGAAGAAAGGGKUGACUUAUUUAAAGAUAUUAUCAGACAAUAUGGCAGACAAUUGACUGAAUUGUCUGUAGUAUUCGUGGGUCUCACAGAUAAAUACUUUACACAACUUAUGUCUCAAUUGUCACAAUUGAAACAAUUGACUUCAUUGUCGAUUCAAGUCAAAGAUUAUGACGACGAUAUUUUUUGCCCACAAUUCCCAAAACUAUUGCUACCAAUUGGUAUCAAAUGUCGACGAUUGAAGAGUCUAUCAAUCGAUUGUAAUUAUAGUAAUAUUGACUUAAUUGGAUCAAACAAUCAUCAGACGAUGAUUAUUGGCUGCAAACAGUUAACACAUUUGAUUAUCAAUUCAAAGAAAAUGUCGACAACCGAUCAGUUUAUCGGUAAUAUCGCCGCUAACUGUCCGCGACUUCAAUACUUUGAAUACACCGGUUAUCGCAUUGAUUCACAGACAUUGAAAUCAUUGCAACGAUUAUCACAAUUGCGUUCAAUUAAGUUAAACAAUGUCWWCGACAACAAUGAUAUCGAUUUGGAUGCUAUUAAAAUGGUCCGACCGACUAAUGGAAGCGACUAUCGGUAA